AUGAAAUUCAAUCUUCGUUUCAUCAUCACUCUCCUCAUCGUGCUGGCAAUUGCGGCAGCUGUGAUCCCCACCAUCGCUGAUGAUGCCGAUUUUAUCGAUGCUCAUGAUAUCGAUGCUGGUAUUACCGUUGCUGAUCAACUUGAGGCGCGCCACGACAACAAAAAGAAAACCUGUGAAGCGUCCUGCACCUUUGACUCGGAUUGUACUGGCUUUUGCCGGAAAUGUCCCCACGGUCGUUCCUCUACGCCCAAUGGCUCUCUCAUUACCUUCUUGGAGUCGAUCGCUGGGCUUGUUCCACGCCGCAAUCACGAAUGGACAGCUGAUGUACUUACCCUUAAUCCGAACUGGGGAAAGGUGCGCGGCCAUGUCCCACGCUACACUUCUAUAACAGAUGAGAUGGCCAGCUAA